ACUUUUGUGAUUUGUCUCUAUCUAUCCAAUCAGUGUUGCACACCAACUGCAUGCUUAAUUGCGUACUGUUUGGUUUCUUCCUCAGGAGUUGCAUUUAAGGAAUUCUUCCCAUUUUUUUGGGAGGGGUUUUACUGCUGCCGAAUAUGAGAUAAUUUUUUUGAAGAUUAGUGUGUUGAAUCCAUAAUUGAUUCGUUUUCUGCAAAAUGGUUUAUGGUGGAGAUCAACCUCUUCUUCCAUUACUGUAGCAACUCAUAACAUGAAAUCUAGCGCACAUAUGUCCAAAGCACAGAGGUCCAAAUCUUUUCAGAGGGAAGGGCCAAACUGGGUCCUAAUUGCUGGCAGUGCUUUAAUAAGUACCUUAUCAAUUCGUUUGGGCUACAAGCUCAAGCAGGUGCUUGAUGAGAAGGAACAGAACAGUGCCGAUGAUGCUUUAAAAGGAAAUGAAAAUCCUACCGAGCAAAAGAAGUCCAGGAAUUGCCAUUUGCAGUCAGGUUCAAAUUGUUUAGUCCAAGAUGAUGAAAGCUGCUACAGCUGCCUUUCAGGAACCAGACCCAUGGUGAGACAACAUGGCAAUGACCCAGUGUUGAGAGAUCCUGAAAUGACACUUCCUCUUGCGAUGGUUCCUGCUCCCGAGUUCAGUAAAGAGAAUGGUGAGGCCUGGUUGUCCUCCACUGACCGUCUUGAGCUGCCACAAAAGCCAUUGCACAACUCAAAUAGUUGUGAAUCACUCUGUGUCUCCGAAGCAGGUUCUGAUAUUUUCCUCAAGCGAGAAGUGAUACAAAAGUUGAGACAACAGCUGAAGAGACGGGAUGAAACAAUACUAGAGAUGCAGGAACAGAUUGUCGAGUUGCAGAGUUCUCUGAAUGCUCAGCUUUGCCAUUCUACCCAUCUUCAGUCUUUACUGGACGUUGCGAAUAGGGAGCUUUUUGAGUCGGAGAGAGAAACACAGAGGCUGAGGAAGGCAAUUACAGAUCAUUGUGUUGGACAAGUUGAUUCUUCUGGCAAUCCCAUAUGGCCAGUAAGCGGAAGAAAUGGUUUUGCAAAUGGCCAUCAUGAAGCUGAGAAACAUUUGGGAUCUUCAGAAAAGGAGAGAGCAGAUAGGAAACAGAUAGAAAUGCUGAAACAUGAAGUGGAUGGAUUGAAGGAAGUGAUUGAAGGGAAGGAAUACCUGAUCCGGAAUUUCAGAGACCAAAAGUCUGAGCUCUCUAUGAAGAUCAAGGAGUUGCAGGAGAGGUUGGAUUCUCAACUCCCAAAUAUUUUGUAGGCAGAGCCAUAGCUUGUGUAUUCUUGUUUGGCUUCCAUCCCACUUCUUCUAUUCCCUCAACUUAUUUCAGUUCCCACAUAAUCCCUUCGUUUUCUUUGAUUUUAAUUUUAUUUAGCCUUCCAUCCAUAUUUUUACCCCUUCCGUUUGGUGUGCAUAUGUUGAAGGGAAAUUUGAGUCCAUUUCAUAGAACAAUAGCAAGUUCAUCAUCUGGUUUGAUGGAUCUUUUAGUGUUUCUUCUUAACAUUCAAUUUGUUUUGAAUAUGAUUUCCCAUCUCCAUUUCUGGCAA